UGUGGCCUUUGGGUGAAUAUCUAUUAUUUGCUGUAUUUUGAUAUACUUCUGCACUUAUACCUGUAUUGUUUUGGAGAUGAAAUGUAUACAUUAAGGAUAUUUAAAAUAUCGCUAAAGGCUUGUGUUUGUUGGUCAAUCAUGAUGCUCGUACAAUGUGAAGAAGUUGCUGUUCAUAGGGAUGAUGGGAAGGAAGCAGCUUUAUGCCUCCACUACCCGGAUGACGCCAUCGCAUUCCUUUACAAAGACUGCAAUCAAGAACAUGGAAUAAACUGCACGAAAAUUUGGGGAUGCCCCAAAAAAUGUGUAAGUAGUCGAGGUGAUUUUCAAAAUAUUGGAAAUGAAUGGCGGGAGAAAAGACAUAGGUGUCGCUGUAUUGAUACCAGUAAAACUAGUCGAUCACCAGAACUCCCAUCUGGUGCUGCCCCCUUUCCACCACAAAAGUUGUGUGUUCUCAGAGGUUGUAGUCACCCUGCUUCUGGAAAACAUAUCCCAAGAAUGUCAAAGUUCAUGCAUAACCGUGAAAGUUGCCAGUGUGUUAAAGGACCAGACCCAACCAUAAAGGAAGUGGAUACCUUGUACCAUAUAGAAUGUGUUCCGUACAUCUACGCACAUUGCCGACUCCAGAUACCUGGCCGCCAUAAAUCUACGCUAACAGAGGGUUCCAAAAUUGUAGGUGGGUCAGUAGAUUUCAAACAAUUAGCCAAUGGAGGCCGUACAUAUACCAAAAUAUCUCUGGAAACUUCCGAAAACUUAGACGUAUCUCAAUUUGAAUUCAACAUUCACGAAUACGGAGAAGUUUGGGAUGGAUGCGAAAAUACUGGUAUGAUUUUUAAACCAACUGCCGGAAGUCAUAGGUCAUUUGGCUUACUAGGAGUGGUAAAUGUAAUUGGAGAAAAGUUGACAGUGCAGAACAUUCUCAAAACGCACAUCGCUCUUGCUGGACCGUACAAUAUUGUUGGCCGUAGUGUAGUGGUUCAUGAGGUCACCGGACAACACGAUCGUGAUGAAAGUAACAUCACAGGGAGACGGGAAUGUUGUACUAUAUCACUAACGUCUCACAAACACUGGGAGUAUCCUAACACGGGCAGUGAUAUAUCAUAAUGUUACUCUUGGUUUGGCUGCUUAGUUAUUAACAGACAAUGUAGCAUUACGCAAAAUAUAAUUACGAAUGAAAAAACACCUUAUAUAAA